AUGACCCGACGUCUACUCCGAAAGGUUGACUGGCAUCUCUUGCCGUUUCUUAUCCUCAUGUAUCUUCUAAACUUCUUGGAUAGAAACAACUUGUCUCAGGCUCGUUUGGGUACACUUGAAGAAGACCUUGGUAUGGAGGGUACGGAUUACAAUCUCGCCACAAGUAUUCUUUUUGUCGGAUACCUCUUGAUGCAACUUCCGUCCAACUUGCUUCUCACUCGAGUUCGGCCCUCGCUUUUUCUUGGUAUCGCAAUGGCUAUCUGGGGUGUUAUCUCCGCCUGUCAGGCAGCCAUCAUUUCAUUUUCGGGGCUCAUUGUCACACGAUUCUUCCUCGGGUUUGUUGAAGCGCCUUUCUUUCCAGGUGCCGUCAUGCUAAUGUCAAGUUGGUAUACCCGACAGGAGCUGAGCCAUCGAAUCGCCUGGUUUUAUGCCGGAAGCUCCUUAGCCAAUGCGUUUGGUGGUCUCAUCGGGGCAGGUGUUCUAGGUAAUCUUGAUGGUGCGCAAGGCAUCUCUGGAUGGAGAUGGCUUUUUAUCAUCGAGGGAAGCAUCACUGUGGGGAUAUCCCUUCUUGCAGCAAUCUUCCUGCCAAAUUACCCUGCUUCGACCUCAUGGUUAGAUGAACAGGAACAGGCAUACGCACAAUGGCGUCUGCUGCAUGACGCAGGAGAGGCUGACGAGGUUGGCUCAGCCAGUAUCAAAGAGGCACUGGCCCUGGUCUUUGCAGACAAGCGCAUUUACCUUUUCAUCUUACUUCAACAUGUUUCCCUCCUGUCUCAAAAUUUCCAAUAUUUCUUCCCGACGAUUGUGCAGACCCUUGGAUAUGGCAAUGUGGAGACUCUUCUCAUCACCGCGCCAGUGUGGAUUGCUACCUUCUUUAUCUCACUGCUGGUCACAUGGACGUCGGGCAAGACCAACGAUCGCAGUAUACAUAUCAUUUGUUUGAUGAUGGUCAGCGUGGUAGGAUGUGUUAUCUGUACUGCUACAACCAACAUCGGUGCCAAAUUUUUUGCCAUGUUUCUGAUGCCCAUGGGAGCCGUAUCGGCCUACCAAAUUAUCAUUGCUUGGGUAGCUAAUUCCUUCCCUCGGCCUUUGGUCAAACGUUCUGCUGCGAUUGCCGUGGCAAACAUGAUCGGCAACACUGCUUCAAUCUAUGGUAGUUACAUGUGGCCAUCGUCUUCAGGGCCCCGAUAUAUCCCCGGAGGCAGUGCGACGGCUACUAUAGCUUUCCUAGUCGCUGUGAUUUCAUUCGUCAUUCGUCUCGUUCAUGUUCAUAUGAACAAGCAGCUGGAUGAGAUUGAGCCUUCUGACGAUGCGCAACCUUCGGAUCCAAGUGACCUGGAAACCCGUUCCAGCACACAUUUUACUUCCAUUCCUAUUCUAGAUUUUUCGCAAGCAUUAUCCUCAUCCAAACCAAUUUUUCUAGCAAACCUGCGCGAGGCUCUUGUGAACGUAGGCUUUUUCUAUCUUCGAAAUGCACCUGUGCCGACCGAAAUACAAGAGAAAUUUACCGCGAAGGCCAUAGAGCUCUUCCAGUUGCCAUUGGAAAAGAAAAUUGAGAUUGAAAUGGUAAAUAGUCCACAUUUUUUGGGCUAUUCAAGACUUGGUGCAGAGAUCACAGCCUUAAAACCUGAUCAUCGUGAACAAUUUGACUUUGCAACCGAGCUUCCAGCACCUGGCCCAGAUGAGCCUUUGUAUAGAAACGUUGUUGGUCCUAACCAGUGGCCUGACGAAGAAGCAAUCCCAGGAUUUCGUGAGGCAUUGGAAACGUACUUGUCUGAAGUGAGCCAUUUAGCAGGCUUAUUCCCGGGCCUAAUUGCAGAGGCAUUGGGUCUCCCGCCAACUGCAUUGGACGAGGUCUUCGAUAGUCCCCAACAACACAAACUGAAGCUGAUUAAAUAUCCCCCUCCACCUGCAUCCAGUAAUGAUAGUUCUGGAUUUCAAGGCGUUGGACCUCAUAAAGAUUCCGGAUUCCUCACAUUUCUUCUACAAGGGACACCUCAUCAUGGUCUCGAGGUCCAAAAUAAGACAGGAACGUGGAUCUCUGCCCCACCCCUCCCUGGGACGUUGGUGAUCAACAUUGGCCGUUCACUGGAAGCUUUGACUGGAGGGAUCUGCACAGCAACGACCCAUCGUGUAAGCUUACGCCCAGAGAACUUCCAAACCAGUGACGGCUCUCUGGGUCCAAGAUUCUCCUUUCCAGUCUUUCAGGGAGUGAGCCUUGACAUUUCUGCCGAUAAAAUAUCUUUGAAGAUACCAGAUCAUAUUCGAGCCUUGGGUAAGGACGACAAGGUCAAAUCGGAUGCAGAGGCAACUUUCAACGACAUGUUUCGCGGGUGCAUCGGACAAGGGACUUUUGUUGCUCGGGUGACCAGUCACCAAGAUGUCGGAGAACGAUGGUACCCAGAGUCCACUGAGGGGAUCUCCAAUCUUGUAAAGCGACGACUACCAGAACACAUCGAUAACUUUCGGUUUAUUCUUGAUGCCAAUCUCACUGGCGAUUAUGAUUCCUAUAUCGUAACAAGUUCCCUUAAUGGUACGAUCUCGGUCAAGGGUAACUCCCUGAGCGCUUUAUCUUCAGGUUUACAUCGGUACCUCACCGAUGUCGUUCAUGUCGAUAUCUACUGGUUUAUUGGUAGUCGACUAAAUGUCGCGCCAUCCAAACUACCUAAUUUAACUGAGCCGAUUCGUGGAUUCAGCACGGUUCCUUGGAGAUAUCAUUUCAAUACAGUAACUUUCUCAUACACCACUGCCUUUUGGACAUGGGAAGAUUGGGAGUCGCAACUUGACUGGAUGGCUCUACGUGGUGUCAACCUACCCCUUGCCUGGGUUGGCCAAGAAAAGAUUAUCGUCGAAGUUUUCCGCGAAAUUGGCGUCACCGAUGCAGAGCUUGCCACUUUCCUCAGUGGUCCAGCGUUUCAAGCCUGGAAUCGAUUCGGCAAUAUCCAAGGCUCCUGGCAUGGCGAUCUUCCGGAGUCAUGGAUUGAUGAACAAUUUGAACUACAGAAGAAGAUUAUUCAUCGCAUGGUAGAACUCGGGAUGACCCCAGUAUUACCGGCCUUUACUGGGUUUGUUCCUUCCAAUAUCACCCGCGUUCUACCAAAUGCAAAUGUGGUUCGGGGGUCUCAAUGGGGUGGCUUUCCCAUUCAAUAUACCAACGACACAUUCCUCGAACCAUUCGAUGAUCACUUUGCAGAGCUCCAAAAAAGGUUUAUUGUCAAGCAACAAGCAGCUUACGGCAAUAUCAGCCAUGUCUACACCCUCGAUCAGUACAAUGAGAACGACCCUUACUCUGGUGACCUGGAUUACUUGCGGAACGUCACGCAAAACACAUGGCGCAGCUUAAAGCAGGUCGAUCCCUAUGCCAUAUGGAUGAUGCAAGGCUGGCUCUUCUACGCGAACUCAAAUUUCUGGACCAAUGAACGAGUAGAAGCAUACCUUUCUGGUGUGGAGUCGAAUGACGAUAUGUUGAUCUUGGAUCUCUUCUCGGAAUCCAUUCCACAGUGGAGACGAACAAACUCCUAUUAUGGAAAGCCCUGGAUUUGGUGCCAGCUACACAACUUCGGGGGCAGUAUGGGAUUAUACGGACAGAUCCAAAAUUUGACACAAAAUGCGACCCAGGCUCGGAUCGAGUCUCCGUCGAUGGUCGGAUACGGUCUCAGUAUGGAGGGUCAAGAGGGAAAUGAGAUCGUCUAUGACUUGCUUCUUGACCAAGCAUGGUCUCAAUCUCCAUUGGAUACGCAGCACUACUUUCAUAAAUGGGUGACGAGCCGGUAUGCUGGCCAAAACAAGAUCCCAGAUGGGCUUUACGGGGCCUGGGAAUUGAUGCGACAGACCGUUUACAACAACACAAACCUUACGACUUUGGCCGUCGCAAAGUCCAUUGUUGAUAUUGAGCCGAAACUUUGGGAUUUAGCUGAUGUGGUUGGUACACAUGGAACAACCGUCAACUAUGCACCCUCACUCCUGGUACAUGCAUGGCAGCUAAUGUAUCGGGCGACAAAGGAAGAACCAGGAUUAUGGUCCAAUCCAGCUUAUCAGCAUGACAUGGUGGAUGUAACUCGUCAAGUCCUGGACAACGCAUUUAUCCCGAUAUACUCAGAUCUAGUGGAAUCCUACAACAAAUCUCGCUCCACGCCAGCCAACUUUGCACAAAAGGGAAAAGUCCUCAUUCAACUUCUAACAGAUCUCGACUCAGUCCUUCUUACCAAUCGAAAUUUUCGCCUUUCAACGUGGAUUGAUUCAGCACGGUCUUGGGCGCACGGGAACAAAACUGAUGAAGCAUAUUUCGAAUACAACGCGCGCAAUCAAAUCACUCUAUGGGGACCAAAUGGAGAAAUUUCCGACUAUGCCUCCAAACAAUGGGGCGGGCUUGUAUUUUCAUACUAUAUACCACGCUGGAGUAUCUUUAUUGAGUACUUGAAGUCCACGCCAAGUACAUCAUUCAAUGUCACUGAACUACACGCAAAGCUACGGAUGUUCGAGUCCCAGUGGCAGGAUGAGACUUGGUCUGCUCCUGAGCCUACUGGAAAUCAGGAUAAUUUGAAAAUUGUUCUGGACCAGGUCGUGCAUGAUUGGCCAUCUGUGUUUGGUCUGAGGUGA